GCCUCAGUAUCAGCAGCUGGCAUCACCUCUCCUCUCUCCGGGCACUGUGCAAGGACAUGGCCAGCACCAUCCAUGGCGUGGAGCCGGAAACUGGAGGGAAUGAGCCUGUUAAAUUCAUCAGCAAAGAAGAGGCGAAGGAACUGGAGAAGGAGCUCUAUGAGGAAUAUCGAUUCGGACAGCAGCAGCUGAUCGAGAUGGCAGGCUACAGCUGUGCCAUGGCAAUCACAAAGGCUUAUCCACGGGCGUCUCUUCUCAGGAAGCAGCCAACUAUUCUGGUGAUCUGUGGCCAGGAGCAGAAUGGGGCUAUCGGCCUGGUGUGUGCCAGGCACCUCCGCACAUUUGGAUAUGAACCGACCAUCUAUUACCCCAAGCGUUCCUGCAAAUCCCUCUUCUUGGAUUUCACGGUUCAGUGUGAGAAGCUGGAUAUUCCGUUUCUCUCCUACCUUCCAGCUGAGGUGCAGUUGAUAAAUGAUGCCUAUAACCUGAUCAUAGAUGCGGUGCUGGGGCUUUCAGAUGAGAUGGGCCUGAAGGAGCUGUAUUGCAAUAUCUUGACUACGAUGAAACAUGUGAAAAUACCUGUAAUCAGCAUUGAUGUCCCCUCAGGCUGGGAUGCAGAGAAGGGGAAAGGUGAUGGCAUCAAUCCUGAGGUCCUCAUUUCCCUGGCUGUACCAAAGAAAUGUGCCACCCAAUUUUCUGGAAAGUACCAUUUUCUAGCUGGUCGCUAUUUGCCCUAUGACCUACAGAAGAAAUAUGAUCUCAACCUCCCAGACUACCCAGGAACUGACUGCAUAGUACAACUUUAAGAGCUUACACUAAAAUGACAGAUGCAAACAAGGAGAGGACUGACCCUAACUAGAAGCUCGCCUGGGUAAGCAUAGUGUCCGCUCCUGCAAUGGGAGAUGCACUCUCCAGAAAUCCUACCAUCAGCUCAUCUAGUUCCUUAGAAAGAAAGGAACCCCGGAAAAUGCAUCUCCUCGGGGAGGGAUUUGGACUGCAUUCUAGAUCAGCACAGUUCAAUUUUGUUUAGUUUAUCUGGUCCAGCUAGUGUGUUGCAAAAUGUAAUGGUUUGUCUUCAACUUUUAUCAAAGUUCUUCUGUUGCAGAGAACGACCUUUAUGUGAUUUCAAGAGACAGUGAACCUUUGGCCAGGCCAAAGUUUGGUGUAUCCCUUUGUGAUGUUUUUAACUGUGCAGCUAGCUGUUACUAAUGCUUAUGUUGCAGGGGACCAGAGCAUUUCAUGUAUCUGUAACGUUUAUAUAAUCCUAGCAAAUUCCCUGUUCAAUUCUGGAGGUGGAAAUGGGAAUGACACUGCAGACAUUGGGAAUGUUCCUAUUUUGACUUGUUUCAAUGCUGCUUUAACCUAACAGACCUUGGCAGGUGUAACGCCAAGCAUAUUACUGAGUGUGAGGGGGGAUGGGAGUCCCAUUCCUGAGCCCUAACAAAUCCGCAAGCACCCACCUACCUCUACACCCUCUCCAUUUCACCCAGCACCACACAGAGUGGUGUUAGUCUUGACAAUAGCACUCGCCAUAGUUGAUCAAAUGUCCCAGUUUCUGCUGACUCGCAGGAAGAAGCCAAAAGAGGAAGGAUCACUUGGGUUUAUGAACUUCUUUCUGGGAUUGUGAUUUGGGACAGGAUAAAGAAAAAGUUGAGGUGACGAAGGAAAAGAAUGUCGAUUGCAUUCUGAUUAAAAUCUCCCCAAGGCAGUAGGGAAUGUCUGUGUUAAAGUGAUAUUACAUAACAUUAUUAUUUUUGCUCUGGGUUGGCUAAGGAUUUUGGCGAAUGCCGGGUUGGAUGGAUAUAGAGGAAAGUGGAACAGGAAGGAGUUCACACUGAGGUCAGCAGUAAUUCUGUAGCAAAAUCAGUGGAAACAGGAAAAUAAGAAAAGCUGACAAAUGGAGGCAACCAGGCUUCCCAACCACCCAGAACUCAAAAUCUAUCCUCAAGAUCAUACAAGGCUUGGGCAAUAUUAGUGGGAGAAACCACCAGAAGCAAAAGGAAUAGAUGAAUUGCAACAGGUAUGGGAAAUGUGAUGACUUACUUCAGGCCUCAAGAGACUAAGUCACAAGGAAACAUUACUUUGCCACUGGGGGAGUAAAGUAUUGAUGAGAUAGGUCAUUAGCUUCUGCGGUGAGCUAAGAACAGGCACAGCUGUCAAACUAAUACAGUUUGUGUAAAGUCUGAGAUUUAAAUGAUUUUUGCUUCCCUCCUUUAGUUUGGAAUUAAGUACCAAAAAAUAUGUUACUCUAGUUGGUAAAAGGGGGUUAAUUCCUGUUUUGAUGAGGGAAUGAAGGUUACAGCGAAUAAUGUAUUGGAUAGGCCAAGUGACCAAGAUAUACAGGGUGGCCAAGAUCUUACUGAAUGGUGGAGCAGUCUUGAGGAACUGUAUGGUCAACCUUUGCUCUUGUUUUAUUAUUCUUUUAACCCUUAAUCAUUCCGGGGUCCCUAGUCAGAGGCCUGUCAGCAUCUAAGCAAUACAGGUUAUUAUUCCAGAAAAAUUAGAUACUUAAAAAUCAGCUCCUGGACUUUCCUUCUGACACUGUCUGACCCAACACGUAUCUCCAGCAUUUUCUGUUCCUAUUUCAGAUCUUCACGCUUAAAGCUUCUGCUGUCUAUUUUGUGAGUUCAUUAUGCUUAGAAUAUGUGCUUAUUGUAGUAGUUUAAUAAAUCAUCAGUAGACAUUGCAUAACUCUACUUAUGAGGAGUUAAGACACCAGGUGAAGUGGUCCUAGAGGGAAGGAGUAAUUAGAUUGGGGAUAUACAGAUGUAAUUAGAUCUCCCAUUUCAAGACAUGUAUUCUGACUUUAAUUUUAGAUUUUGCAUUAUAAAAUUCUGAGUUUCACAUUAACAAUGGCAACCAUGUAUGGAAAGAUGUCACACUGUAAUUACUCACUCCCGCCAUUGUUGGUGCUGUGAUUACAACCUGACAAGUUGAUAUAGGAUUUCUUUCUUAUAAAUGUGAGCUCAGAAUUUCAUACUGCAGAAGAAAGGGUGUGCUAUAGGAUUUUUAAUAUAUUACAUAAAUAUAUAAAUAUAUAGAUAUUAUAAUAUAUAUGAAUAAUUGGUUUUUGCACUAUUGACGGUGUGUUUUGACUCUGGGUGGAGUUUAUUCAGCAGUUGUACUCAUGGUGUAUAAGACAUAGGCACGACAUUCCACCUCUCUUACACUAUUAAUACACUUAGUGUAUGUGAGACAUGGUUCACUUUUUACUUUGCAUUAGGGGCAGGACUGUUCUCAUCGGAAGCUCACCUAAUGGCACACUUAGCUUGAUGUGACAGUGUAGAGAGAGCCUUACUUGAUAUCUGAGCUAGAUGGGACAAGCUUUGCUCUGUGUCAAACCUGUGUUGCCUCUACCCUGGGACUGAUUGAUGUGACAGUAUAGAAGAAACUUUAUUUUGUAUCUAACAUGUGCUGUCCCUACCUUGGGAAUGAUUGAGGAAACAGUGUUGAGGGAGCUUUACUCUGUAAUUCCUUGAGAGGUGCAAUCUGUCAGCAUUUGUUGUUACGUUGCUAAGAAUGUGGAAUAAAUGCUCUCUAUCAUUGAAUUGGCGAUAUGUAUAUACUCACACACAACAUUGCUAAUAUAACAUUCUAAGUCUGGUUGAUCUUUGUAUUUCAUCGAUCUGCUCAACCACAAAUGUGACCUAUUUACUGUUGUCAGCAAGAAACAUUUAACGUGCUCAAUCUGUCACAGUCACGGAAGAAACAAAUCAACUGAUUCCAUGCUACAUUCUUGCACGGUGUCUCUCUGCUGUUAUCAUCGACUACACCACCUACACUAACGUUCAUCAGCUGCUGUUGAUUUCUGAUGCUCCCAAAUUUUAGGGAUUUCCUGUAAACUCUGCCCAGCUCUGAACAGACACUCUAUUGUGGAAAAGGGAAGUGAAUUUUAAUGUUGUUACUUUGUCAGAUUUUGGAUUGUUGUUGACUCAAUUUGAAGC